CUCCACAACUUCCGUGGUGUCUCAACUUAACUUAAACUGAAGAAACUUGUGGACAAAGAAGUGUUGAUGACUGUGAUGGAUAAAGACAAUUUUGCAUGCAACACAAAGGGCAAGGACAGGUGUCUUUGUUAGAGAAACCCUCGAUUUCAUCACACAAGAAAAUGUUAAAACACUUACAAGACAAAAGGAUUAGAAUGAAGCUACAAAUUUUACCCUUACGUGUUUCAUUGUGUAACUAAUUUUUGCUAGAAUUUAAGUCCAAAUUGUUACUGGCACUCCUCAAUUUAACAUUCUUGAUUGAUGGGUUUUUUCCAUUUCUUGAAAGCUGAGGUUAGUAGAGCAUUUCAAGUGAAUUUGAGUGCUAUUUUUAACUACAUAGAUUGUAAAGUUAGAAUCUUUGGUUCAAUUCUUCAGUUUCUUGAACCAGUAAAGAGUUGUUCAUAUGAAUCCACCAAACCCCAUGUUGAUAAAAAUCAAGAAAAUGCUGUUUCUGCUUAUGAAGAGGUUAGCAAGAAGCUAAAAUACAAGAAAAUAAAGAGGCAGCAGCCUAAGGAAUGGAGGUGUAUAGAUAACUGUUUUUGGAUAAUUGGAUACUUGUGCACAACUUGGUGGCUGCUUUUAUUUCUAUGCAAUUUCUUGCCAGGAGUUAAAGUGCCUAUAUCACCUGGAAGUAGGCUAAAAAAUGAAGGGUUAAAUGCUCAUCAUCCUGUUGUUUUGGUGCCUGGGAUUGUAACUGGUGGUCUUGAACUUUGGGAGGGCAAGCCUUGUUCUAAAGGAUUAUUUCGUAAGAGACUUUGGGGCUUUAGCUUUGCUGAAAUAUUCAAGAGGCCAUUAUGUUGGUUGGAGCACCUAUCUUUGGAUAAUGAAACAGGGCUUGAUCCACCGGGGAUUCGAGUGCGUGCAGUUGCAGGAUUAGUUGCAGCUGAUUAUUUUGCUCCUGGUUAUUUUGUUUGGGCUAUUCUUAUUGAAAAUUUGGCAAAGAUUGGAUAUGAACAGAAGAAUAUGUACAUGGCUUCUUAUGACUGGCGGCUAUCCUUCCAAAAUACAGAGAUCAGAGACCAAUCUUUGAGCAGACUAAAGAGAAAAAUUGAGCUUUUGUAUGUAACAAAUGGUUACAAGAAAGUGGUGGUAGUGCCUCACUCGAUGGGCGUUACCUAUUUCCUCCACUUCCUUAAAUGGGUUGAAGCAUCUCCUCCUGUUGGAGGGGGUGGUGGACCAGGUUGGUGUGCCAAGCACAUCAAAGCAAUCAUGAAUAUCGGUCCGGCAUUUCUUGGAGUUCCAAAGGCUGUUGCUAAUAUAUUGUCUGCUGAGGGAAAAGAUGUUGCGUUUAUCAGAGCCAUGGCUCCUGGUCUGUUAGACUCUGAGACCUUCGGCUUUCAGACCCUUCAACAUGUUAUGAGGGUAUUUCGAACAUGGGACUCAGUCGUUUCAUUGCUACCCAAAGGAGGAGAGACAAUCUGGGGCGACCUGAAUAGGUCUCCGGAAGAAGAAAAUGUAUGUUAUUCAGCAAAAAACAAAUACCUGCGUUCCUUUUCAAAGGAGAACGACGGAAAUAAUACUGACCCUCGGAGGAGUAUCCAGGUAAAAGAGCUGGUGAAAUAUGGAAGAUUAAUAUCAUUUGGGAAGACAGCGUCCGAGAUACCUUCUUCACAGCUCUCUUUUGUUGAUCCAAAGAAAUUUGUGCAUGAGUAUGCGCCUGUUUCCAGCACAUCGUGUGAAGAGUUGUUGACAGAGUAUGAUGAGAUGAGUCGAGAGAACAUCAAGAGAGUGACUGAAAACAAAGCCUACACGGCAAGAACUCUAAUACAUCUCCUCAGGUUUGUAGCACCAAAAGCGAUGCAGCGUGCUGAGGCACACUUCUCCCAUGGAUUAGCAGAGAACUUGGAAGAUCCAAAAUAUAGUCAUUACAAGUACUGGUCAAAUCCACUUGAAACCAUGUUGCCAGAUGCUCCUGAGAUGGAGAUUUUCUGUUCAUAUGGAGUGGGAAUGCCCACGGAAAGAUCGUAUGUCUACAAGAUGUCACCUUCUGACAGAUGCAAGAGCAUUCCUCUUCAAAUUGAUACCUCUGCAGACGGAAGCCAUAAUGGCUGCUUGAGUGGUGGAGUAUACUUUGUCGAUGGCGAUGAUAGCGUACCAGUCUUAAGUGCUGGCUUCAUGUGCGCAAAAGGAUGGCGAGGCAAGACACGUUUCAACCCCUCGGGCAUUGCUUCUUACGUAAGAGAAUACCAGCACAAGCCACCAUCCAGUCUGCUAGAAGGUAGAGGCACAGAGAGUGGUACCCAUGUUGACAUUCUUGGGAACUUUGCCUUGAUCGAGGAUGUUCUACGAGUUGCUGCUGGUGCCUCAGGUACAGAGUUAGGUGGUGAUAGAAUUUAUUCGGGUAUCAUAGAAAUGUCGGAACAGAUAGAUAUUCAGCUAUGAGAGUAUAUGGAUGAUGAAGAACAAAGUACAGGUCGGGAAAGAGUUUAAAAGAUGUCGGAGUAAAGAUGAGUACGCUAGUGUUGUUAAUGGCGUUGCCGGACACAACUCAGGAGACAAACUUGAUAGGUUUUUUAUGACAAAUGACUUGAGAGAGCUCCAAGAAAGAAUCAGGGUAAAUCAGGUGGUUAUGGGGCAACAUUGACAUUGAUUCUAAGUUUCUAACUCAGACAGUAGCAUUUAAUUUCUGACCUACGUAAUCUACUAAUGAUAAAUUCUCAGUUUCUCUAAUCAAGUUGAGUAAAACUCCUCAGGCGUUAACGAUCA